CCAGGGGGCGAUUCGCAUGGGUCGCGGGUGUAGCUUGUGGGGUUCGGUCUCGCGGGCGUAGAUUUUGCCGGCUCGGGGGAUUCAGGGGCGUGGCUUCUGGUCGCGGGUUCAGAUUGUGCGAUGCCGCAUCGUAUAGCUUAAUACUAGCUGCCUGUGUCUGUGUAUAUGCUCGGGAGGGGGCGCCCACCGAUGGCUGCUCCGUUGUACAGCUUCGGCACCAGUACUCCAUAUAUUUGUCCGUUAAUUGAUCUCUAAGCAUUAUAUCUGGAUUCGGUUCUGCUGUGUCUGCUAACUGCAGAUGCGUCCUUUUGAUUGAGUUGAUAGCCCUUUUACUAGUGUGCUGGUUUGGUAGUCUGGUCACUGGUGCAUGCGAAUAUUCCUUUUUAGCUAAACACAUUGCAGUCCCUUUUGCUAGUGUAAGUUUCAGCACAGGAGACGCCUUUCAUAGCUUGGAAUCAAUGUGGGAAUGCUGGGCGGUAGUUAUUGAGAUACGGUGCAUUUUGGGAUAAGAUCCUGCCCUGCUUUUGCUUCAUAUGAUGUGUGGAAGAUAAAGAGUAAGGGUGUUACUUUUUCCCUUCUGAAACAAAGAUGUGCAGUGUGUGUUGGGGUGAUGUCUUGUAAACUUGUCAUUGAUGAGUUGUGUUGAGGUAUGAUGAGCUGUCGUUCUCGAAUAAUUGACUUGGUCUCAAUUGGAACCUAAAUCUUCCUGGUUUCAAUUUUCAAAUAAGCAAGCAUCAUAUGAGUUAUGACCGUUUUAGCAGCCAGGGAGGUUGUGCGCAUAUUAUUGCCAUAUGCUAGUUUCCUAUGACCUCACAUGUUCAUGCAACUAGCCAAAUAAGUGAGAUGGAAAUUGAUCUCGUUAAAAUUGCUUGAUCUCAAAUAUCUUUAAUUUGUGCAGCUUCACUAGUGAAACCUCAUGUUAGUGCAGGGUGUUGACCUUAAGCUCAUUUCGUUAGUUAGUAUAUGGCAAUGUUUUCUUUUUUACAUCUUGUUUGUGGUAUUGCAGUUGGAAAUUGUACGAAAGAUAGUUGUGGAGAUUAGUGGAAGGGAUGAACGUGAGGUUAAAGUCGCCGCUUGCCCUUACAGAAUUUGCCCUUUGGGGGCUCACAUUGAUCAUCAGGGUGGAAUUGUCACAACAAUGACCAUAAAUUAUGGAGUACUCCUUGGUUUUGUGCCCUCUAACGAUUCUGAGGUUUUACUCCAAUCUGGCCAAUUUGAAGGUGUUAUACGAUUCAGAGUUGAUGACUUACAAAAGCCUAUUGAUAACCCAGAGAACAUAAACUGGGAAAGCUAUGCAAGAGGUGCUGUUUAUGCACUGCAGAAUAGUGGAUAUGAUCUCAGGAAGGGUAUCAUAGGCUAUAUUUCUGGUGUGAAAGGUCUUGAUAGCUCAGGGCUUAGUUCUUCUGCAGCGGUUGGCAUUGCCUAUUUACUGGCUUUAGAAAAUGUAAAUGAUCUGGUUGUAUCAUCUGUGGAUAACAUUCAGUUGGACAAGUCCAUUGAAAAUAAAUACUUGGGUCUUGAAAAUGGCAUUCUAGAUCCAUCUGCCAUUUUGUUGUCACAGUAUGGUUAUCUCACCUUCAUGGACUGCAAGACUGCUUCACCUUCCUACGUCUACUUCUCAGAGCUGAGUAAAAGCCAGCAGCCUCAGGGACAUCUACCGUUCAAUAUUUUGUUGGCAUUUUCAGGACUGCAACAUAAUCUGCCGAAGAAGCGUGGAUAUAAUACACGAGUUUUUGAGUGCAAAGAGGCUGCCUGUGCUCUUUUGCACGCUUCAGGAUGUGAAGAAGCAUCAAAUAUACUUCGUAAUGUUGACUCAGUUGUAUAUGAGGCUCAGAAGUGUGUAUUGGAAGAAAAUCUUUCCAGGAGAGCUGAGCACUACUUUUCUGAAAUGAAGCGGGUUGCUAAGGGCAGAGAUGCAUGGGCUCGUGGGAACCUGCAAGAACUUGGGCAGCUGAUCUCUGCAUCUGGUCGUAGCUCCAUACUCAACUACGAAUGCGGGAGCAAAGAGAUGAUACAGCUGUACAAGAUCCUCCUGAAGGCCCCCGGGGUCCUGGGCGCCCGGUUCAGCGGCGCCGGCUUCAGGGGCUGCUGCCUGGCGAUCGUGGAGAGCGACCGCGCCAAGGAGGCGGCCUGGUACGUCGCAGCCGAGUACGAGAAGGCACAGCCUGAGCUGGUGUCCAGGAUCCCCGAGGAUCGCCGCGUGCUGGUCUGCGAGCCCGGGGACUCCGCGCGCGUCAUAUUGCCCGACGACCGCCUCCAUUCGUGAUGGCCCUGACGGGGGCGGCGGUGUGAAGAGGGCUUGCCCCACCCUCGUGUCGUUUGGGCCUGGGAGUGUCAGUUAUUUGCGACGUAUAGUAUCUGAGUGAGUGAGGGUGCAGAGCAUCCUUGUACGUUGCGUGCUGUCCAUUUGACCCAUUCGUUUGUAUACGAACUUACGAAGCAAUAAGCGUGGCGUUCGCGUUUGUAUCGAACAAUAAGAUUUUCGAGCGAAAAAGAGGUGGGAUGCACUGUGUAGACUAA